AUGACGCACAACAGCAAGACUUCGUUGCUCAACAACGCCGAUUACGGCGGCGGGGGUGGCGGAACGGCCGCCGCUUACGGCGCACCUCACGCCGCCACCGUCGUUGCCCGACCUACCACAUGGAUCAGGCAACCUCAAUAUUUUAGUAUUGGUUCCGUACGAGUGCGUUUUGGUCCAAUUUCUACCAAAAAUGAUGUCACCGUGGCUCCAUCUAAUGGUGAGUUCCAACUAGAUACUGACGCUAAAGAAUCGUCGUGCUGCUGCGGAGUAACAUCCCGAAUCCCUCUUCCGACCGGCUCUAAUAAUAGACACACUACUGGCGCUACUUGUCUGCCCCGAAUACAGGCGCCAGUAUACCGUAGCUCAUUGGAUUGGUCUAACCGCGUUCAAAAACCAUCGUCCGGUUGUUUCGGGAAGUUAACUGUCGAUCGCGUUCCGUUAGUCGCUAAAAUUUGUGACGACUCGAAAGAUCUACCUUUACAAGAACAAGAAGCUACUAAUCUGGACCGGUUCCAAAGGUUUCGUUUCGGCGGUCGCAACGGUAGAGGUGGUGCUCAAAAUAAAAAAACGAAACAAAACGUGACACCGAGAACCACUGAUAAAUCCGACCGGCUGAGGAAGCUCACAGACAAGCUGAAGCAGCCACCGGCUUGUGAGGCACAGACGUCAGAUACCAAGGAUGACAAUCUGAUGGGUAGCACAGCCACAUCGACAGCGAAUUUAAGUGGUGAGGAAUCGUUAGAUAAGUUUGAAGAUGGUAUACGAAAACCCGAAUCUAGAACUAUAGUUGGUUCCUAUUACCAGCGGUCUAUACCGUUUAGAAGUGCAUCAUUUUCCCAAGUGUAUUAUUCACCAUCCGAUGGUAAAUAUAUAAGGUCCGAUGGACGGAAAAGGAGCACACCAAAUCCUGUUGCCCUUUCUCGUAAAGCUCAUUCGUCUGAACCUGUAAGAGCUCAUUCUCAAGACCACGAUGCUAUAGAUGUACCUACGCCCCCUAGACGAAAAAAUAAAUUGUUCAAGUCGUCAGAUCAAUUGAGUCAAUCAGACGUAGCGAUAAUUGAAGAGUCGUUAGAAAUAUCAGUUGAAGAAUCUCCCGAUCAAGUCACUGAAGAAACAUUUUUAUCGGAGUGGAAAUCUGAGACCGACGGUACUGUUCAGAAUCCCGAAGACAGUUCUACUAGCACACCUGUUGAUUCACCGAAAGAAGAACCACAGAGUCCAGAAUAUCCACAAAUGCCUCAAUGGUCGUCUCUCACAGAACUGCCCCUACUACGACCUAAAUUAUCUGCGCAGAGUUCUGAAGAAAAAGACGAAGACAAAAUAUGUUCAUCGCCAAAAGUAAAUUACCGUCAAUAUCUGUUGUCAAAAGCAGACUCGUUAUCUGAAGGCGAAAGUGACCAGGGUAACCAUAGUCAAACGUUAUCACCGACAAGAGAGUGUACAUCAUCUCCAUGCAAUGAAAAUUCUGAUUCCGAAAAAAAUUCUGGUCCACCCGUGCCUUACUCAAAAAGACCUCUCCGUGGUCCGUAUUUGGAAAUGAUAGUAAAUGAAAAAAAAAAACCGGAAGUGAAUGGUAAAAAGCAAGAUGCCUUGAAGUUCCUAGAUGAAUAUCCUAAGCAAAUCCGAUCGGCCGACGAUUGUCAGCUGAAAAGAAGCUACACUUCGCCCGACCAACCAUCGGACCGAUUAAGACUCAGAACAUCGCCAAAAAGAAAAACUAGUGCAAGUAUACCGUUGUCAGUUACGGCCGUAAAGAAACACGGCAUUAAUGAAACAGUGGUUUGUCAUCAAAGAACAACAUCUAGUCCAAGUCAGUUGGAAGGAUGUUCGAGAGUGAAAAAUACGCCCGAACCUAGUCCUCAGCUAUUAGCACAAUUAUUGAAAGGAAGCUCAGAACAAGUGUAUGGAGGACCUUUGACAAACCCAUUAAAGGAUACGAGAACACAUGUAGUGGUUGAGCUUUAUGAUACGGAGCGUUCGUAUGUCGAAUCUCUACACACCUUAGUGAACAAAUACCUGUUGCCUUUGAAAAGUGUCGAAAACUCGGUACUAAUUGAACCGUCAGUGGUUGACGAGAUAUUUUACCAGAUACCAGACAUUUUAAUGGAGCACGAACAAUUCCUAAAAGAUCUACAUAAGCGUCUCGAAAUUUGGGACGCACAUCAGAGAAUCGGUGACAUCUUAUUAGAAAUGUUUUCGAAAAAGCCUGUGAUAGAUGCAUAUACAUCAUUCAUAAAUAACUGGAAGCAAGCCAAAGAAGCUAUCAAAUCGACUUGCAAUUCAAAACCAGCAUUUGCAAGAUAUUUAGAGUCUACAGCUCGAGAACAUAAAGGAAAGUUGGCACUAGAUUCACUUCUCAUCAUGCCUGUUCAGCGAAUACCCAGAUAUGAACUUCUCAUACAGACGCUAUUAAAACACACCGAACCAACGCAUCCAGAUCACGAGUCACUGAUCGAAUCGCAAAAACAAGUGCACGAAAUGGCCGUAAAAAUCAACUGCACCGAAAAGGACAAUAUGGAGCUGGAGCAGAUUGAGUCUUUGAUCGACGGACUGAUACAUUUGGCGGCCACCGACCGAACAUUCCUCAGACACGACUUGGUGACCAUCGUUUCCGGGCAGUCGAUGAACCGUAAGGAACGAGCGCUUUUCUUGUUCUCUGACUUGCUGAUCGUUACCAGUAUCAAAAGAAAAAGCGGAACCAUACGUAAACCAUCCACGACUACGCCAAACAGCGUCGUGAGCAAUUUAGAAGCAAACAAAUAUAAGUUACUUAUGAAGAUACCAUUGGAUGAUGUUGAAAUAGUUAAAGUAAAAGAUGAAAACGUUCGCCGUAUGCUUCGCGAGAUGGAGUAUUUGUCGGAAGAUGUCUCCACUCUGACGCAAAUGACAGAUAUGGUUUCCAUGUUGCACUGUCCGCACAGUCACCUGGAAGACUCGAUUAAAGAUAUGCUCAGUGCACUCAACAAACAACUGUCAGAACGGCAAGCCAGCGACACUCAACUAUGUUAUCUAGAACUGAACUUGCACACCAGGAAUGGUACCGAGACCGUGUCAAUAAUGUUUUCGAAACCAGAAAAACGGGCAAACUGGGAAGAGUCUUUUAACGAGGCCAAACAAAAACUCGUCCUGUCCACGGACCGGAGGCCGAAUGCUGAUUUCGUCGGCCCAGUACCCAUACGAAAGACCCGGGCUGGCUUGCAGUUUACGUGUGCAGCACCGGCGUUGAACCAAAGAGACGUGUGGGUCUGCAACAGUGACGGGUACGUGGGCCAAGUGUGCGUGCUGAGUCUCUACCCCGAGCCGACUGUCACUUCGUGUAAUGGCGUAUGUAAUGCACGCAUACUGUGUGUCACCUCGAUACCGGCACCGCAGCGAGUCGAUCAAGCCAACAGUACCGACAAGGACGACCAGAGCAGUAAUCCAGAGAUCAGCAUAUCGAUCGAAGACUGUGCUGAGCAGACCGGGCCGGACAUCAAAUUGGACAGCUCAUCGAGUGAAGAGGAUGACGACAAGGACGCCGGUCACGAUCGCGUCCCUGACGGAAUGUACCCCACGGACCCUGUGGACUUCGAAGGUGAGCCAACCAUGUGGUUGGGUACAGAGGACGGAUGCAUACACGUGUACAAUUCGAUGGACAACAUUCGCAUAAAACGAAAUAAAGUUAAAAUUCAACACGGGUCUGCGGUGCAUUGUAUCAUAUAUCUCAACAACCGCGUUUAUGUUUCAUUAGCAAAUGGUGAUAUUUGCAUCUACUACCCAGACACGAACGGUAGUUGGAAUACAUCGGAUCCGGUGACCAUCAACGUUGGUUCAGCUGCUAUCCCGGUUUCCAAAAUGUUGCCUGUUGGUGAUAAACUCUGGUGUUCAUGUCACAAUACUGUUAAGAUAUUUGACACGGUCACCUUACAAUUUCAACAUUCUUUCGUGAUCGGCGGUGACUCGAACCGAUCGAUCACCAACAUGGUCGUGUCGGGAAUGGGCGUGUGGCUGUCUCUGCAGAACUCGGCCGUGCUCCGUCUCAUCCACUCGGUCACGUGCGAAAUUCUGGCCGAAGUAAACACGGCACCGGCCGUCACUAAAAUGCUGUCGAGCUGCGACGACAUCAUAAGGCAACACAAAGCGGCGUGUCUUAGAGUGACGUCGCUGUUGGCGGUCAAAGACCUGUUGUGGAUCGGCACCAGCGCGGGCGUCGUCUUGACCAUGUCCAUACCGGCCGUGGUCGCGAACACUGGCAAACUCGUCACACUCCCUGUUCCUAUUGGUGUGCCACACGGUCACACGGGCCACGUGCGGUUCCUGACUCUGGUCGGCCAUUUGCCGCAGAACUUUUCCAAACAGCGACGGCAAUCGUUGAACCAGAGGAAGAUGAGCUCGUCCGGCAAGCUGUUGCUGAUAUCGGGCGGUGACGGGUACGAGGACUUCCGGUCGACGGCCGCGUCGGAAGUGGCCGGUCGCGAGGACUCUACUAACCACCUGUUGCUGUGGCACGUGUGA